UGAGUCAAAUAUCUAUCGAUAAAAUUAAAAAUGACAAAAUAUAAUUUGUGAUUAGUUUUUAAUAUUAUUUUUAUUUUUAUCAUUUAUUUCCUAAAGCUACGUUUGAUUUAUUUGUCAAGUGUUGUUAUAUCAUAUCAUAUCAACAUCAGUUGAAUAUACUUCUGUUAAUGAUCAAACGCAGUUGAAUUAUCAAUUGAUUGGCACACUUAACAAAUAAACAACCAGGAAACUACUAACAAAUAUAAUGCAUGAGUUAUUAAAGACUAUUAUUAUUAUUAUUAUUGUUAUUAUAAUUCAAUAGAUAGAAACUAAUUUUUGUGUUCAACAAAGGCACGCGCACUCAGCCUUUUAUAGUACAGAACUCCGACAAUUUGAUUAAUGAUGUUUACAAUAAAUAGUCAUCACUAUCAUCAUAAAAAUAUGUUUGAAAAAUAUCGAAUUGUGCAUACAAGUGUUCAAACAGUCAAUUCUAAGCUUCAUGAUAGGGUUUAUAAUCGACAAAAGUCCAAUAAAAACCAUCAGAUUAUCAGAGCGUUUUGAACUGUACUCUAAAAAAAUUAAUUGGAGAAACUAGAGCAUCAAUAUGGCUGGAUUGUCAAUCCAAAUAAUUGCCGGGUUUCUUCUUUUUGGCACAGCUUUUGGAGUGCGGUUCCAAGAGAUCCAUCAUGAGAUGUCACCUGAAGAAAGACUUGGAGUAUUUGGUACAGCAGGAACGGAAGUGCCACUUUAUGAAGUAGUGGAGAUCCAGUCGCCAAAACUUCAAAAGAGAUCUGUUGAAGCGGGUCAUCACAUCAAAAUUCGAGCUUUUGGUGAUGAAAUUGAAUACUACUUGACUCCUUUGAAUGACGUGUUCGCGACAGAAAACACUCCGAAUCGCGGAUAUAAUGUCGCGGAUAUAAUGACUUCGGAUAUAGUGACGCAGAACCCUUAA